AUGGUGCCGGAGGCCGCGGCCGGCGCGGUCGGCGGCGUGGCCGGCCUCGCCGAGGCGGCCGAGGCGAAGGAGGCGGGCAACGCGGCGCUCCGGUCUGCCGACCUGCCGCUGGCGGUAGAGCGCUACGAGGAGGCUAUCGCAGCGUGCGACCGCGCCCUGGCCGCCCUGGAGGGCCAACGAAGGACGGAGCCGAAGGAGCUGGCCAACGACGACCUGGUGUAUUAUGAGCACCAGGGCAGGGAGGGGUUCGGCAUCGUGGACAUGGCCCACCCGCAUUUCGGCGACUAUGUCGUGAAAGACCUUGGGACCGCAGACAUCGUGAAGGUCAAGGCUGGCAAGUACGAGGAGGUUUCGAGAAGAUUCCGACGGAGGGAGCUCGUGGCUGUGCCCCGUGAGUUGUUCGACACCCGACUGGCUUGCCUGAACAACCUGACGCUCGUGUCCCUGAAGUUGGCCAAGUCUACCCUGAGGGACGAAGACUUCGUAGCCACCGUCAAGCGAGCGGACGAUGCGCUUGCCAUGGAUGGCCGCGCCGCCAAGGCUCUCAUGCGCAAGGGGGCCUCGCUGCUCGUCCUGAAGCAGGUGAAGGAGGCCGUGCAGGCCCUGACCCUGGCCUCGCACGUCACGCGUGGGAAGGACUCUGAGGUGGAGCGUCUCCUGGAGGCGGUGAUGGUGGCCAAGGGCAAGAGCAGGGGCAAGGGCCGGGGCAAGAGGAAGGGCGAGGACGAGGGCGACGGCUCCGGCGAGGCCGCUGGCAGGCGGAGCCCGUCGCCCUGCUCCUACUCGUCGAGCAGCGAUGCCCCGGCGGAGGCGCCCAGGCCCGCCGGGCGCGACGGCGACGCCGAGGAGGCCGACGACGACGGCGAGGAGCCGCUUAUCGAGGAGCUGCCGCGCGGCCCCGGCGGCAGCGGCGGCGAGGAGGCCCUCGCUGCAGCGGCCGCCCUGGCCCUCGCCGCCGCCGCCGCCGCGCUCUGGGGGCCCGGCCUCUGGCGGGCGCUGGCUCUCGACGGCGAGGCGCCCGAGCUCGAGGUGGAGCUCUGA